CUGAAGCUUUAUUUCCCCUCUUUGCUGCGUAUAAAGAAAUACUCCGGUGCAGGUAUGAGAUAUGAGAUCAGCCUCGACUUGGGUGAAAAGAUGAAAACUCUCCUGCUGUGUGUAACUGUGAUGCUGGCAGCCACCUCCUGCCAAUCGAGCCGGUCAUCUUUGUGUGGCUGUCUCAAGACGUCAUUGACCAUUCUUCCUGUGUCGAGAAUAAAAGCAUACUCUAUACAGAAAGCAAGCCCCUGCCAUAUUGAGGCAGUUAUGUUCACGACAAUCAAAGGAAUCAAGGUUUGCUCCGACCCAAAAAAACUCUGGGUGAAAAAAGCGAUGAAAUCACUGAAUGCCGUAAAAAGGACUGCUAUCACGACAUAUCCGACAACCCUGUCUUUUAAUACUACUUGGAAAUCAAUAUGAACUUAUGCUCAAACUCCAUAACCUGUAUCUCAUUUGUCACAUCUGUUAUUGCGGUUGCUAUCUUAAUGGCUCUAUGUUUGUAUAUUCAGUUGUAAUUCUUCAUGUAAUCAGGGCUCAUUAUACACCGAGGGCCAUGUGAUCACUGCUAUGUUCUCUGUUAGAGUGGACCUGUUGUGGAAUCACUGCUCAAAGGGGUAUCACAGUGUUCCAUGUUUUACAUAAAGAAUAAAAGUGUUUAUCGAUCAAACUA